AUGGCUAUGUGUAAUACCAGUAGUGAUUCUAGCCCUAAACGAAAAGUAUCUAAAGAACUUGCAAGUAGUGAUUUGAAUAAAAUGAACAGUCCACCUCUCAAAGAUUUACGAAUGUAUCCGUGGAACUGGGGCGAAAGCGCAAGUGAGAUUCAGCUUAGCCCUGGUAGUGGUACGUCGUAUUCUUCCGAAGCCGAGCUUUUAAAUUCAUCUCCAGAUGAUAGUGUUGGUCUGUCGACAAACAGCAGCAACCAAAAGCAGAAAGAGUCUGGUCGGCGUGGAAGACCAAAAUUAGAUUCACUAACCAAUCUUAUACUCGAAGGAUCAUCGUCUAAAAGUUCUAUUAGAUGUAAUGUAUGUAACAGGGUAUUUCCUCGUGGGAAGUCUCUUCAAGCUCAUAUGCGGACACACACAGGUGAGCGACCCUAUGUAUGUAAAUUUCUCAACUGUGGGAAAGCCUUUGCACAGAGUGGUCAACUGAAAACACAUCAACGACUGCACACUGGUGAAAAACCAUUUUGUUGUUCUGUAGUAGGUUGUACCAGCCGGUUUACUCAUGCCAAUCGCCACUGUUCGCAUCACCCAUGGGCAGUACUUCAGAGAGAACAAUCUACUCCCCAACAACUGAGAACACCAGUACCCUUUAAUGAUGAAAACAGUUGCAAGCAAGAAUUUAGAAAUAAGCGAUAUGUGAAUGGAAACGUCCACCUUCGACAGAGGAAGUUUCAAGAAGAACUUGAAGAAGCAUCGAUCAGUGAUGAUACCUCUGUCAAAACAAUUGUACCAGAAAUGGAGGUUCUUUCAAAUGAACACAAGGCCAAGUUGUUGGGUGCUUUAGCCUUAUUAGAACUUGCUCGUGCACCAGUGACUCAACAAAACAGUUGUUCAGUGAAUAUUGAAUCAUCAAAAUGAUUUUAAAAUUCCCAGCAUUUUAACUUGCAUUUGUGUACAUGGUUGCAGAUUUGUAUGAUGUAUAUCAGUUUGUAGAUAGUUUUAUAUAUAAUUGUAUAUUCUUAUGAGUAG